AUGAUUAAGAAUUUUUUCAACAGUUUAGUUGGCGCUUCCGAGUCGGCCGAAACUAAACAAGUAUCCACAGCGUCGGACUCUAAAAAUCCAAUAUAUCAGUUUAAAUUGGUGAUUCUCGGGGACACGUUUGUAGGAAAGAGCUGCCUAGUGGGUAGAUUUGUCAAAAACAGUUUUAUGGAGUUCCAGGAAUCAACGAUUGGAGGUACCGCCAAACCAUCUACGCACUCAUUAACGAAUAAUUUAGCCGCUUUCAUGACACAAACUGUGAGAUUAGACGAUUGUACAGUAAAGUUUGAAAUAUGGGAUACUGCAGGGCAGGAAAGAUACAGAACUCUUGCUCCCAUGUACUACAGGGGAUCUGCAGCCGCCAUUAUAGUAUAUGAUAUAACAUUAAAGGAGUCCUUUAAUCAAGCGAAGAGUUGGAUCAAGGAGCUGAAGUCCUACGUGGAGCCGAACAUCAUCCUAGUGCUUAUUUUUAUUUCCAGAUGGUUCAAGACUUUGCUUCCGCCAACAACUGUCUGUUCAUGGAGACUUCUGCCAAAAUUAAUUCCAAAGGGCAAGAGGUUACAUGAGUUUCAUGAGGGGUUUAAGAUGGACAACCGGGGCAGUCAGAACAAACUUAAGUGUUGCAGCGCCUGA